ACAAGAGCACAUUCAGUACAAUUACCUGUAGGCACACUUCUUUUUCAGGAGGGAACAGUGGAAAAAAAACAAAAAAUUAGAAUAGACACCCGCUUCCCAUAAACAUGAGGCUGACUAAUUGACACCUCCGAAAGAUGCUGGACUGUGAAAAUAUAAUAUCCAUAUGACAGAAAGCCUGUUAUCCUUAUGUAAGUCUAGGAAAACAAAACCUUGCAGAAGAAGAACACCGAAACAUCUCAUAUCUUCGAAAUAUUUGAAUAUCCUCGGAAAGAAGCUCAAAAUAGAGAGUGCCAGUUUUUGAACUGAAUAUCCAUUGAACCCAUUAAUCCCACAAUCCCAUGUUCACUCCCAGAAUUAGAGGCCAAACAACACUGUUCUCCAAACAAUGGGGAUGAAUUUCUCAUCAACUUUGCCACUGGCAAUGAGAAUGAGGCUGCGUCACCCAAUGCCAGUAGAUUCCACUGAGUCUUGAAGGGAGGGACACAGACACAGCCACAGCCACAAGAGAAUACUUCUGAGCAUCCUUCUCCUUCAAGGUCUGCUAUCCUUCCCAAACCACAGGAACCGGAAUCAGACCUUCUAUAACACAGUGCCACAGAGCAAACACGAACAAGGACAGGAAGUGACAUCAAUGGAGCAGAACGACAAGGGCACAUUGGAAACUGAGAAACAGCAAAUGAAUGGUCAAACAGAAGAAGCACCUCAAGAGACGACCACACCUGAAGAGCCGGCUAAUGUAAGUGAGAAUAAUUCAGAUAAAAAUGAUCAAGAAAUGCAUGAGAGCAAUGCAGAAAAGAAUGAAGAAGAAAUAAGUGUGAAUAAUGGAGAUCAGAAUGAAGAGGAAAAUGUGAAGGAAGAAGAGGAAGAAGAGGAUGAAUUGGCUGAUGGUUUCCAGACUUCGGUCGAGAUGUCAAUCCGGCAAUUUGAGAAUGAUGAAAAUAACCGCCCUAUUUGCAGGUACAACACUGUCAGCUACAGGAAGAUUAAGAAAGGAAACACAAAGCAGAGAAUAGAUGAGUUUGAGUCCAUGCUGGAUGUAUAACAGUGAUGAAUGUCGUCAGAGACACAUACUGUACGUAAGAACUGAGUGGCGUCAUCAUGUAUGUUUUGUAUGUGGAUCCUUCAAAAGUAUGUGACUGUUAAACUUCUUUAUAUAGUUAAAAGGUUUAACACACAAUGGCAUGAACAGUAUUUUGUCACAGCCUAAUUUUGGCCUGUAUCACAUUUUUAAAGAAAUCAGUAGUUGUAGAAAUAAUAUUUUGUAGAAAUCUUUAAAGCAUUCAGAAAACAGGUUUUAAAUAACCCAUCAUCUGGCAGCGAGCCGAAAAAACAACAACAUUUAUUUGUCUACAAAUGAGAUUUUUCAUUCAUGAAUGCUCCUUCAAAUAACACACAGUCUGUCUGACUAAUGCAGGCCUGAUCUCUACUGUGCUGCCAAAUCACCAUUAAUGAAUUACUGGAAGAACUUACAGUUACAGUAAGCAUACAGUAUGAAGGGCAUUAUUGUAUUCCUGUUCAAAAAUUGUAUUGUAAUGUAAAGCUACCAGCUUUCUAAUGUUGAUUAUGAUUAUGGUUACAUGGCUUUGUAAAACAUGCUCACAAGUUUUAAAAUACAACAACAAUAGUCAGCAGUUUUUCAUUUCCAUUUUCAGAUUUGUAUAUGUAAUACAUGCAUAUAGGGAUACUGUGAUUAUAUCUUUGGACAAUUAGAAGUUUUCAUUGUUUUCUAUAAUGACAUAAUGCUACUUGAUAUCUGCCACACUAAACUGAAUUCAUGUAACCUGUUCAAGUUGUUAAGGCUUCCUUUUUCUCUGAAUGCACAAUUUUUUUCUUUAUUUUCAU